AUGAUUCUACUUGCGCUGUUUAUUACCGCCGCUGCUCGACAUCAUAAAUCUCAAACGUCAUCGCAAAAGCACGGACAUUCAAGAGUCACUCCAUCACCGACUUUGCCUUUUCCCUAUAAAAGUUUUCGAUUACCGGCGUACAUUCGUCCAAACCAUUAUUUAAUUGACUUGCGCCCGAACUAUGAUCAGCUAACAACUGCUGGUAACGUUUCAAUCAACGUUACCAGUAGUAAAAAAUCGAAUUUUAUUAUUUUACACAAGAAACAUGUCAACAUUCUUGACGUUAAAGUCUCAGAAUUAAAUAGCAAGAAAGAUAUCAAAGUCAUAAAAACUGAUGAAUAUCACAAAUAUAAUUUCUACUACAUCAAGUUAGAACACUACUUACAACCUAAUAAAGGCUAUCUUAUUCACGUAAGAUUUACAAGUCAAAUAAAGACUAAAGUACUUCAUGGAUUGUAUCGCAGUCAUUACCGAGCAGCAAGCGGAAUGACCAGAUAUUUGUACAGUACCCACUUGGAAGCCACUCACGCUCGAGAAAUAUUUCCUUGUUUUGACGAACCAGCUAUGAAAGCAAUUUUCACACUGACAAUCACUUCACCUCCUGGCUAUACAGCUAUUUCCAACAGUGAAAUUCAUAAGAAGAAAGUUUUACAGAAUAAUUAUACAUUAAAUGAAUUUCAUCCUACUCCUCCAAUGAGCACUUAUUUAGUUGCCUUGGUAGUAUCUGAUUUUAAAAACCUUGAAGGAAGAACUAUAAAUAACGUUCGCGUUAGAACAUGGGCAAAUCCGCUUAUGUACAAGUAUACGAACUAUUCGUUACAUGUAACAAUGAAGGUCAUCCCUUUCUAUGGAAAAACGUUCGGGGUAGCCUAUCCUUUGCCUAAGAUGGAUCUGGUUGCUAUACCGGAAUUUGCUGCUGGAGCUAUGGAAAACUGGGGAUUAAUCUUAUACAGGGAAACAUCAAUGAUAUAUAAUAAAUGGGUUAAUACUUUGCGUACAAAGCAGUGGGUAACUGUUGUAGUUGCACAUGAAUUAGCACAUCAGUGGUUUGGAAACUUAGUAACGAUGAAAUGGUGGAGUGAUAUUUGGCUUAAUGAAGGUUUUGCAGCCUUUAUGGAACAUGUUGGAACAAAUCAUGUUGCCCCUGAAUUUCAAAUGAUGAAGCAGUUUCUAUUGCGAAAUUUUCGUCGGGCACAGUAUGCUGAUAGUCUUCCUACGAUACAUCCUCUUGUAUCUACGGCAACUAAUAGCGAUCAGAUCGAGUCCUUAUUUGACAGUAUUUCCUAUAAAAAGGGAAGUUGCCUUAUAAGAAUGGUGCGGGAUUAUUUAGGCAUACCAAACUUUAAUCAAGGAAUUCGCCAUUAUUUAUCUACGUAUAAGUAUAAGAAUGCAGAUCAUAAUAACCUAUGGCAGGCUCUGCAAUGGGCUAGCCAUGGUAAAGUUAAUAUCUCUUCGAUGAUGAGUACUUGGGCCUUGCAACCUGGCUAUCCAGUAGUAACUCUUGGAAGUCAUAAUAACAAUGGUACAGCAACUAUUAGUCAGCAAAGAUUUCUGUCUGUUCGAAAAUCGAAAUCUGGGGAUUACGGGUCGAUAACUGCCUCGUCCCUUUGGCAUAUUCCCAUAUCAUUUCAGACAAAAAAUAACCGGACUGGUAAAUUCAUGUUGUUGAAAAGGGCCGAUAUUUUUCCGUGGAAAAAUACUGAUGGAUGGAUAAAAUUGAACUCUAACCAAAUCGGCUAUUUUACUGUUAAUUAUAACAUCCAAAAUUGGAAUUCGCUGACAGAUCAGUUAAAGAAAGAUUUCUUGGUGUUCAAUGACAUAGAUCGCUAUCAGCUCUUAGGCGACACUUACAUGUUAGCUAGGCCUGGCCUGCUAACCAUAAAAGUCUUCCUUAAUAUGACAACCUACCUAUUUAAAGAAAAAAAUUAUCUUCCCCUAUACGCCGGUUUAUAUAGUUUAAGCGUAAUCAAGCAGGCGAUGUCAUAUAACAAAAUUAUCCACCAAAAAUUCGAGGCAUAUAUCUAUCGUUUGAUACGACCUCAGAUUCAGAGAUUAGGCUGGAAACAUCAAGCUUCGUAUUUGCAGAGUAAAUUACAACAUCUAAUUUUGGUCUAUGGCGUUCACUACAACGAUAGUACAAUAAAGUCAUAUAGUUUAUCAGCUUAUCAUCAGUGGGUUUAUAAUAAUACCAGACUGCCUACGAAAUUUCGUAGCCUUAUCCUAUCGGUAGCUAUGAAAUAUGGUGGGCAACCGGCAGAAAAAGUUAUGAUGGAUAAAUAUUUACAUACAAGUUCAUCAUCUAUGAAACGUUUAUACUUUGCAAUAAUGGCUACAUCAAAAGAUCCUACAUUUCUAAACAAGCUAUUGGUCAUGACUUUGGAUCCCAGUAAAGUAAGAAUUGAAGAAACUGUAACGUAUAUGAGUUCUGUUGCUAGGAAUUCUGUCGGAUCUAAACUCUGCUGGGAAUUCUAUAAGAAGCAUUUUCAAAUUAUUCAUAAAAGGUAUAAUUCAGAAUCCUUUUCGUUAUCUCACUUGAUGAAUUCUCUUACUUCCCGAUUUAAUACUGAAGCCCAGUACAAAGAGGUAAAGGACUUUUAUCGUGUGCAUAAUAAUGUCGGCGUGGCAAAAUCUACAAUUCCAAUUAUCCUAUCGAAAAUCCGAGCUAGAAUUGAUUGGAAGAUAUUAAAUGAGGCUGAUGUAAUACAGUGGGCAAACAAACAUUUAACUUAA